GAAUAAAAGGGAAAACUUAAUGAAUAAUUAACAUUAGUUCAUUGAAACUGGAAGGACAGCGGAGAUCAGAAUGGAUGUGUGAAAACCUCGGUCUCCUUGGAAACGCACCAUGAGACACCAUGAGAACUCCAAAGCUGGCCUCUGCUUUUGUCUUCGUGGUUUGUCUCCUGGCCUACUUGUUGUUUGUCAGGUCUCACUACACCGGCUUGAAACCAGAGCUGUACAGACCCCCCCCUCAUUAUCAGCCCAGAACAGACCUGUCUGAUGGCCCCCAUAGGCCAACCUCUGUCCAGGUGGUUGAUGGAAAUUUCCAGUAUACCAUCAUGUUCGAUGCUGGGAGCACUGGGACAAGAAUCCACAUCUUCAAGUUUCAAGUGGAGCAAAAUGAGGCUCCUAAAUUAGUCCAUGAAACCUUCAAAGCCAUAAAACCUGGUCUGUCUGCAUAUGCUGACCACCCUGAUGAGUGUAAAGCAGGGAUUCUGGAACUGCUGGAGGUGGCGGAGGCCAGUGUCCCCUCCCAGCUGUGGAGAACCACUCCUCUGGUGCUGAAGGCCACGGCCGGCCUGCGUUUCCUGUCCGGGGAGAAAGCUCUUCUCCUCUUGGACAAGGUGAGAGCAGUGUUUUCGGAGUCUCCCUUCCUGUCAAGAGUUGAUGGUGUGUCCAUCAUGGAUGGUGCAGAUGAAGGGAUUUCUGCUUGGAUCACCGUCAAUUCCUUGAUUGGUGCUCUUCAUAGUGCUGACUCGCCCACUGUGGGUAUUUUGGAUUUGGGAGGUGGCUCCACCCAGAUCACCUUCUCUCCUCAGGAUGAGAAAACCAUUCAGACCUCACCCAUCGACUACAUCAACUCCUUCAAGAUGUUCAACAGCACACACACACUCUACGCACACAGUUACCUGGGCCUCGGCCUCAUGUCUGCCAGGCUGGCCAUCUUAGGAGGCGUGGAGGGACAGCCAUUAGAGGGAAGCACAGAGCUCAUCAGUCCCUGCCUUGCUCCUGAGUACUCCGGUUCAUGGGAACAUGCUGAGGUUGUCUAUAAUGUAAAAGGACAGAAAGCAGGAGAGCCGAUUUAUGAGUCGUGCCUGAGCAAAGUCCAGAAGGUUCUGUACAGGAAGGUGAUGAAAGCAGCAGAGGCCAAAAACAUGGACUUUUAUGCCUUCUCCUAUUACUACGACCGGGCCAUGGAGCUGGGUUUGAUAGAUGGGAGGAGAGGAGGCAGCGUCCGGGUCUCAGACUUCAGCCGCGCUGCUGAAGGAGUCUGCAACCGCAUGUUGGUCCUUCCGGCGGAGAGUCCAUUCCUCUGUCUGGAUCUCACCUUCAUAUCAGUCCUCCUACAGGAGCUUGGCUUCCCCGAAGACAAAGUCCUCAAGUUGGCGAGGACCAUCAAUGAGGUGGAGACCAGCUGGGCUCUGGGAGCCACGUUCCUCUACAUGGAGUCUCUCCACAACCCCGCGACCUUUAACCUCCAACAGGUUUCCAUCCUGACUGUACAGACUGACAAACAACCACCAGACGGUGGGCUUAAAUCUAAAUCAGCUGAUGAUAGCACGACAACAUAAAAAACUUUAAAGAAGAGAUGCACAUGAAAAAAAGUUAACUUUGAGAUUACGGUCCAGAAUCUGCUGGUUUAUUGUACCAGUGUGUCUCCUAUGUAGGUGUUGGUAAGGUGAGUGUUGUCUGAGCUCCAUUCCAAUGAAUGAUCAGUCUGUAAUGCUGUUGUGUCAGAAACAAACCAAAAAACCUGGUUGAACCUGAGUUUUACUUAUUUAUGUUGUACUAUCUGUUGGUGAAGGUCUUCUACCAGCUUGUUCUGUCAUAUC